AGCCCUCCAGCGCGUGAGGAGGGGUGAGGGUGGCCCGUCGGCACGAGCGCAGACAGCAAGGAACAGCUGCAGAGAAGCUCUCGUUCAUUGAAUUACACCGCAUAGCUCAUACAAUAUAACUGUUUUCCGCCCAAAAAAUAAAUAAUAUCGUCCAAACCAUAACCAUCCAACAUGGUUGACCGCGAGCAGCUGGUUCAAAAAGCCAGGCUGGCUGAGCAGGCAGAGAGAUAUGAUGAUAUGGCAGCAGCCAUGAAAUCGGUAACCGAGCUGAACGAGGCCUUGUCCAACGAAGAGAGGAACCUCCUGUCCGUCGCCUAUAAGAACGUCGUAGGCGCUCGGCGCUCAUCCUGGAGGGUCAUCUCCAGCAUCGAGCAGAAGACGUCCGCUGAUGGCAACGAGAAGAAGAUCGAGAUGGUGAGGGCCUACCGCGAGAAGAUUGAGAAGGAGCUGGAGGCCGUGUGCCAAGACGUGCUCAACCUGCUGGAUAACUUCCUGAUCAAGAACUGCAGUGACACCCAGCACGAGAGCAAGGUCUUCUACCUGAAGAUGAAGGGAGACUAUUACCGUUACUUGGCCGAGGUGGCCACGGGCGAGAAGCGCUCCACCGUGGUGGAAUCCUCCGAGAAGGCCUACAACGAGGCUCACGAGAUCAGCAAAGAGCACAUGCAGCCCACUCACCCCAUCCGGCUGGGAUUGGCCCUCAACUACUCGGUCUUCUACUACGAGAUCCAGAACGCUCCGGAGCAGGCCUGUCAUCUCGCCAAGACGGCCUUCGACGACGCCAUCGCCGAGCUCGACACCCUCAAUGAGGACUCCUACAAAGACUCAACCCUCAUCAUGCAGCUCCUCCGAGACAACUUAACACUGUGGACGAGUGACCAGCAGGAUGAUGAGGGUGGGGAGGGCAACAAUUAAAAGUAGACAAGUUCUCGAUCUAGAAACAUAAAAAUGGCUGGUGGACUUUGGCAGCAGCUUUUGCCAUGGUUUCCUCUGCAGCAGCAGUUCUUUAUUUUUCCACGAGUUAAAAGAAAAAAAUAUCAAGGGUCGUAAAGGGGGGGCUAAAGUCCUAGUUUGAAUAUAUACAGAAAUAUAUAUAUAGUUGAAUGGGCCUCCCUCUUCUUGGUUCUCUUUGACAUUUGCCAAAACCACUGAAAUGUCAGUCAAUCAGCCGGAAACGGUCGUUGUUGGUUGGGAAUGGCAGCCUCACACUGGCAUAUGGACUGAUGUAUUUCAAAGGGAUGCUGCUUAUUUAUGUUUUGGGUAGUAGAAAAGCAUUUAAAAAAAGAGGGUAAGGUGGCGUUCGAAGAGUAUAAAUAGUAUUAAAUGGUUCCAGUAUUAGUCACGAGUUGAUCUGUUUGAAUCACCCUGUAUGCGCUCAAUUAACUGAACUGGAAAAUCGAUUUAAAUAGCUAUUAGAUGGAAGUGUGUUGAAUAAGAUUGUGUUCUUUUGAAUGCACCAAAAGAGGGAAAGUUUAGUCAUUGUCAUAUAUUCAUCACAGGCUGAUACUACUGGAACCAUUGACUUUUUUGAAGGACAGGUUGGGGAAAAGGCAGAGACUGAUCUGGUUAAAAAAAGAAAAAAAAAAUAGAAAACAGGAAAAUAUUGCAGCUUCAAAGUUUGUGGUUUACUUCUGUGUUUAACUUAUUUUUGCACUUGCCAAGUAUACUGUUUUGUCAGUGUAAGAUAAUUACAACAAUACUAUCAAUGAUUCAAUAUUGUGCAUGCUGGUGAUGUAUUUAUACAAUAGCUUGACUUUAUUAACUUAUAUCUUGGAUGUUAUGUAUUCCUAUAAUUGAAAAGUAAACUGGCUUCAUAUUGUUUGUUUAUAAUUGAUCAGUUUUCGUUUCGAUUCGCUAUUCGAAAAUUGUGAUUGUUGACAAUAAAUCGAUCUGUUAUGGGCAUUACCGUUGUGACAUGGAAUGUUUUUUCUUUAGCUAGGCUGACUUUUGAAAAAGAAUACUGAUCACUGAUGUACCAGUGUGUUUCUUGGUAAAUUGUAACCAUGUCAUUGUUAAGCAAUAUUUUGCUCUUCAAACAAUAUAUGAGUGCUCUUCUUGUCAUAUUAUGCACAUUGAACGUGUGGUUUAAACAACAGUGACGUUACCGAAUCAGUGUUUCCAUGACCGAUUCAGAACAUGGACCUUAAAUUGUCUUUGGCAGUAUUUCUAAAUUAAUUUCUUUGCAUUUUCCUUUUUUUUAUUUUACUUUUAGCUGUAUCCUGAGUGACAAUAUCUUGAAUGUGAAUAACUAUGUAGCAGUUGCACAAGAGCCGAAAUAAUUAUAACAAUAAAAAGACAAGAAAAAAAGAA